AUGGCUUCUCUGCCCCCUCCACCGCCGCCGCAAUGGGUGGUGAGAAUGAACACCCCCAUGCCACGCCCAUCCAAAGAGGCUGCCAGCAUCCCUGAUCCUCCAGGCUUCUCCAGGAAAAUGGCUGGCAAGAAUAACCGCGCCCAACAGUCCUCAACCACCUCCGCUCCGUCCAAACCCAUUGAAACCGAUACCCUGAAGCUCAAGAAGGCAUGGGAAAUUGCGCUCGCCCCCUCGAAGCAGAUCCCCAUGAACGCGAUCAUGAUGUACAUGUCCGGAAACAGUCUACAGAUCUUCAGUAUCAUGAUGGUGUUUAUGCUGUUCAAGGGCCCCAUCCAGGGCCUGAUCAAUACCAACACGGUGUUCGCCAAGUUCGAUACCGAGGGCACGCGUGGGAAGCUUCUCGGCGUGAAGGCGAUCUAUGUCGUUAUGCAACUGGUGCUGUUGUGUUUGGGAAUUUGGAAGGUUAAUGCGAUGGGACUUUUGCCGACCACAAGAUCGGAUUGGCUGGCUUGGGAGUCAGAACGGCAACCGUUGGAGCGUGCUUAUUUUGCUUUUGGAUGA